AUGGCGGCGGCGGCGGCCAUUGCCGCUAAUCCCCUCCUCAAUUCCUCCUCUCCGGCGAGACCAGACAACCCCGCCGCCAAUCGCCGCAACCUCCCCACCGCCGCGCCGCCGCCGUUGACCCUUCUCCCCCGUUGCCGCUCCCUGCGAGACCUCUCCCAAGUCCACGCCGCCGCCGUCAAAUCCGGCCUCAACGAUGACCCCCUCGUGCUCACCAAGCUCAUCACCUUCUGCUGCCUCCACCCGUCUUCCCUUUCCAUGGCGUAUGCCCGCCACCUGUUCGAUAGAAUGCCUCCCCAGCAGGAUCCCCUCCUCUUCAACACCAUGACCCGGGGUUAUGCCCGCACGCCUACGCCUUCCCUCGCCAUCGGCAUCUUCGUCCUCAUGCUCGAGCAUGGCGUCUCCCCCGACGGCUACACCUUCCCGUCUCUGCUCAAGGCCUGCGCCGCCGGCAAGCUCCUGCCGGAGGGGAAGCAGCUGCACGGAGCCGCCGCCAAGCUCGGCUUCCAUGGCGACCCCUUCGUGCUCCCCACACUCAUCAACCUCUACGCCGACUGCGGCGACCUGCCGGCGGCGCGCCGCCUGUUCGAUCAGAGCGAUGGCGGUGGGAGCUGCGCGGUGUGCUACAACGCCAUGAUCACGGCCUGCGCGAGGAGGAGCUUGCCCGGUGAAGCUCUGCAACUCUUCCGCCGAAUGCAGGCGGAGGGAGUGAAGCCCACGGAGGUGACGGUGCUCAGCGUGCUCUCCUCCUGCGCCAUGCUCGGAUCGCUCGAGCUCGGGAGAUGGGUCCAUGGCUUCGCCCAGAACCAGGGCUUCCUCUCCUCUUCUUCCUCCUCCGUGAAGGUCGCCACCGCCGUGAUCGACAUGUACGGCAAGUGCGGCAGCCUCGAGGACGCCGCCGCCGUGUUCCGGGCCAUGCCGGAGAGGGACACGCAGGUCUGGUCCGCCAUGAUCAUCGCCUGCGCCCUCCACGGCCGCUCCGACCUCGCCGUCUCCUUCUUCCGCGAGAUGCAGACGCAGAGGGAAGAGGACGGCGCCGCCGCCGGGCCCGACGGCGUCACCUUCCUCGGGCUCCUUUCCGCCUGCAGCCACGCCGGCAAGGUCGACGAGGGCCUGCAACUGUUCCGCGCCAUGGAGGACUUCGCCGUCUCGCCGGAGACGAAGCACUACGGCUGCGUGGUGGACCUCCUCGCCCGCGCCGGGCGCCUGCGGGAGGCCCACGACUUCAUCCUCAACCUCUCCGGCGAGAACUCAUCGCCGGUGCUCUGGCGGACCCUGCUCGGCGCCUGCGCCAGCCAUGGCGAUGUCGAGCUGGGUAAGCGGGUCUUCGCGAGGAUCCUCGACCACGACGACUCUCACGGCGGCGACUACGUGAUCCUCUCCAACCUCUGCGCCGCCGCCGGCCGGUGGGAGGAGGCGCGCGCCGUGAGGAAGAUGAUGAAGGAGAAGGGCGCGGGGAAGACUCCCGGCUGCAGCGCCAUCGAGGUGGGCGGCGCCGUGCACGAGUUCUUCUCCGGCGACGGGAGGCACCCUCAGGCUGCGGCGCUGCGGCGGAUGGUGGAGGAGAUGGCGGAGCAGCUGGGGUACGCGCCGGAGACGGCGGUGGUGGUGCAUGAGGGGAUGACGGAGGAGGAGAAGGCGGCGAGCUUGAGGGGCCACAGCGAGAAGCUGGCCAUGGCGUUCGGGCUGCUGAACACGCCGCCGGGGGCAACGCUGCGGAUAGUGAAGAACCUGCGGGUCUGCAAGGACUGCCACGCCAUGGCGAAGCUCAUCUCCGCGGCCUUCGGCAGGGAGAUUCUGCUGCGGGACCUCAAUCGGUUCCACCACUUUAAGGACGGCAAAUGCUCCUGCGGCGACUACUGGUGA